AUGGCCUCAAAGAGUGAACUCCCCGUUGUGUUCGGCGCCAUGACCCUGGGCAAGCCGGGCAUCGAAGGCGUGAGGGUGACAUCGGUCGAAGAUGCGGAAGCCAUUCUCGACGUCUUCCAGGCCCACGGCCACAAGGAAAUCGACACUGCCCGGUUGUACGGCGCCGGCUCUUCGGAAUCCCUGCUUGCUGACGCUCGCUGGAAGGAACGAGGUCUUGUGAUGGAAACCAAGCUGUACCCCAGUGCGGGUAAACCCAUGGGCAACAUGAGCGUCCUCUCCUACAACCACACCCCGGAAGAUCUCCGCCAAGGCCUGAAGGAUAGUCUGGAAGCACUGGGGACAACUAAAAUCGACAUGUGGUAUCUACACGGCCCAGACCGCAAGAUCCCCUUCGAAGAAACCCUUCGCGAAGUCAACAACCUCCACCAACAAGGCUACUUCGCCCGCCUCGGUAUCAGCAACUAUAUGUCCUGGGAAGUUGCCCAGAUCUGCGAGAUCUGCGAAAAGAACGGAUGGAUCAAGCCGACUGUCUACCAGGGCAUCUACAACGCUCUUCAUCGCGCGAUAGAGCCCGAGCUCCUGACCUGCCUACGCCACUACAAAAUCGCACUCUACUGCUUUCAGCCCCUGGCGGGAGGCUUCCUCACAUCCCGGUAUCGUCGCGACAUGAGCGAGAGCGACCAUGAGCCGGGCUCGCGAUUCGAUCCCAAGCGCUGGCAGGGGAAUCUGCAUCGGGGUCGCUACUGGAAUGACUUUUAUUUUGAUGCGUUGGAUAUCAUCCGGCCUGUCGCGAAGCAGUAUGGGCUUACGGAAGUGGAGAGUGCGCUGCGCUGGCUGUCUCAUCACAGCGGGAUGAAGAAGGACUAUGGAGAUGCAAUUAUCAUCGGUGCCAGCAGUGCCAAGCAGCUGGAGCAAAAUCUGCUUGAUAUGGAGAAAGAGCCGCUCCCGCAAGAGAUGGUGGAGGCUUUGGACGCGGCUUGGCUAAGGGUGAAGGGCGUGGUGCCCAGCUAUUUCCACUAG